UAAUCUCCCACUUCUCUCUAAUCUCUCCAUUAUAAAAUCUACUCGAUAUACUUUUUUUUUUCUUGGUAAAGUAUCUCCUCCAUAUCCUCUCCUCAGCUUUAUUGCCUUAUUGAAUCCUCUCUCUCUCUGGCUCCCUCAGUAAAUGCAAAGCCGUUUAAAGCCGUCGUUCCCGCUGUUAGGCUUAGCCUUCAAAAGGUAGCUCGUCUCGAGGUAGACUCUAAUGAUACAUAUAUAUUAAAGAACACCAAACAAAGACUAAUCAGUAGUGGUUGACGGAAAUGCUUGAAACUGUGAAAUACCUAAUCGGCGCUGCUGGAGCAAGUGGUUACGGCUCCAAGUCCACUGCAGAUGAAGUCACGGAACGCUGCGGGGAUCUCAGCUCUAUAACCGCCAUAAUUACUGGUGCGACGUCGGGGAUCGGCGCGGAGACGGCGCGAGUGCUGGCGAAGAGAGGGGCGGGGCUUGUUUUGCCAGCUCGAAACCUCAAGGCCGCGGAGGAAGCCAAGGCGCGUAUUGUGUCUGAGUUUCCAAACUCGAAGAUCGUAAUCAUGGCGCUCGAUUUGAGCUCACUGAGUUCAGUUCGUAACUUCGUUAAGGAGUUCGAGUCCCUCGAUUUGCCUCUCAAUCUUCUCAUAAACAACGCAGGGAAGUUUGCGCACGAGCACGCCAUAUCUGAGGACGGGAUAGAGAUGACUUUUGCGACGAACUAUCUAGGUCAUUUUCUGUUAACGAAGCUGUUGCUUAAUAGGAUGAUCGAAACGGCAAGAGAGAGUGGCGUUCAGGGCCGAAUAGUGAACGUUUCGUCCAGCAUCCACGGCUGGUUUUCCGGCGAUAUGAUCCGAUAUCUCGCCCAGAUUUCCCGAAACAAAUGUCAGUACGAUCCGACACGUGCGUAUGCUCUGUCGAAGCUCGCUAAUGUUCUGCACACCAAGGAGCUUGAUCGGAGACUCGAGGAAAUGGAGGCAAAUGUGACGGUAAAUUGUGUUCAUCCUGGAAUUGUUAGAACCAGACUCACCAGAGAACGUGAAGGCCUAGUCACAGACAUGGGGUUUCUCUUGGCAUCCAAGCUUCUAAAGACAAUCCCUCAGGCUGCUGCAACAACAUGUUACGUGGCUACGCAGCCGAGGCUAAGGAAUGUGUCCGGGAAGUACUUCGCGGAUUGCAACGAAGCUUGGACGUCCAAAAUGGGUUCCAACUCAACCGAAGCAGCUCGGUUAUGGUCUGCCUCAGAUGUCAUGACUUCUACCACUACCAGACCCAAAAAAAUCCAAUUCAACUUUUGAAUCCCACAUAUAAUUUAGUUUUAUUAGGUACGUAUAUAUAUACUUAUUUAUAUACAUAGAUCACGUUAAAAUACCUCUGUAGUGAUUAGAAGAUAAUUAAUAUUAUAUGUUGUUCUUAGCGGUAUGUGACAGAAAUCCGGGUUAUAACAAGGUUUUGGUUAUAGUGCAUUUUUAGAUAAACAAUUAAACAAUGAUUAUGUAUUAAGUCGAUCGAGUAUGUUUUUUUUUAUAUAUAAAUCUCCAAUACUUCUUCGUCAA